UCGCGUCGUUCCGUUCCGCCAUGCGCGCACCGAGGCACGGCAGCAUGCGCGCCCACGUCGCCCUGGCCUUCGCGGCGCUGGUGCUGGCCGGCGACGCCCUGCAACCGGCGCUGGCCGGCGGCUGCGGCUUCGACUACAAGGAUGCCCUCAGCAAGACCAUCAUAUUCCUGGAGGCGCAGCGCUCCGGGAAGCUGCCGCGCAGCAACCGCGUAAAGUGGCGCGGCGACUCCGGGCUCGACGACGGCAAGCUCGCCAAUGUGGAUCUCACCGGCGGAUACUACGACGCCGGCGACAACGUCAAGUACGGGCUCCCGCUGGCGUUCACGGUGACGACGCUGGCGUGGACGGCGCUGGCAUUCAAGCCCGAGCUGGAGUCGACCAAGGAGCUGAAGCACGUGCACCAGGCCAUCAAGUGGGGCACCGACUACCUGCUGAAAUGCGCCGCCAGGAAGAACAAGCUGUGGGUGCAGGUCGGCGAUCCCAACCUGGACCACCAGUGCUGGGUGCGUCCGGAGAACAUGAAGGCGCCGCGCACGCUGUACGAGAUCGACUCGAAGACGCCCGGGACGGAGAUCGCCGCCGAGACGUCGGCCGCGUUCGCCGCCUCGUCCAUGGUGUUCCGCGACGACAAGAAGUACUCGCGCAAGCUGCUGAACAAGGCGAAGCUGCUGUUCACGUUCGCCAAGAGCCACCUGGGCAGCUACGACGGCGAGUGCCCCUUCUACUGCUCCUACUCGGGCUACAACGACGAGCUGCUGUGGGCCGCGACCUGGCUGUACCUGGCGACGAGGCGGCAGGUGUACGCGGACUUCAUCGCCCACGAGGCCAUCUCGUCGAGCGUGGCCGAGUUCAGCUGGGACCUCAAGUUCCCGGGCGCGCAGGUGCUGCUGGCCGAGUUCAACAUGACCUCGGCGGGCGGCGCGCAGAACUUCAAGUCGCAGGCGGACAACUUCGUGUGCGCGGUGCUGCCGGACACGGCGUUCCACCAGGUGUUCAUCACCCCGGGCGGCGUGAUCCACCUCCGCGACGGCGCCAACUCGCAGUACGUGACCAGCACGGCGUUCCUGCUGGUGGUGUACGCGGACCUGCUGCUGCGGACGGGGCAGACGGUGCUGUGCGGGAACCAGCCGCUGCCCCCGGCCCGGUUGCACGAGUUCGCGCGGCAGCAGAUGGACUACCUGCUGGGCGCCAACCCGCGGCACAGCUCCUACGUCGUGGGCUUCGGCGCCAACCCGCCCACGCAGCCGCACCACCGCGGCGCAUCCACCCCCGUGCUGCCCCCCGGCACGGACGUCAACUGCGGCCUCAGCUUCGGGGACUGGAUGGCGCCCGACAAGCCCAACCCAAACGAGCUCACCGGCGCCAUCGUCGGCGGGCCCGACAAGAACGACGGCUUCGUGGACAAGCGCGGCAACUCCUCCUACACCGAGCCCUGCACCUACAUCAACUCCCUCGCCAUCGGCCCGCUCGCCGCGCUCGCCGUCCGAGGCGUGCAGCUCGUCGCCACGCAGUGAUCUAUCCCCAUGCGUGCGUGUGUGUCCCGCUGUUUCGUUUCUUCCCUGACAUGAUAUGAUUUCUACUCCGUUACUGAUGAUUCAUUGAUUCCGGCCGCCCCCGCAUUGUUCAUUAUAUUAGGUGACGUCUGCGGGCGCGUGCGGGGAUCCAUCCAAAUCUCUCACUCGCUAUUGUUUCUGUACGUACGUACGUGUACGUCCAAGAUUAUAAUGAUACUCAUAAUAAUCUCGUCGC